AUGCUGUUGCCAGUGCCAGUCGUUGCCACGUUCAAGUCGAAGGUAGGGCGACUGCGGCGGAGCCGGAGCACCGUAACGAUCGAUUCGGCGGCAGAAACGGGAAGAACAGGAGCAGGAUAACACUGUCAUCAUGGGCAAGCAAAACGGCGAGGAUUUGGAUCAGGAUGCGCAAGAGCGGAUGCUGAAGGAGGACAGCGCUGCAAAGAUCGCGAUCGAGAAAGAUGAGAAGGAUGAGAAGGCCACCGAGGUGAAAUUUAUCUCGGAGAAUGGCGACGCCAAAAUCGAUAUCGAGAUGGUGAAGGCGGUGCUGUCGGGAAUGGGAAAGGAAGAAUUGAUGAAAUUCGCAAAUGAUCCAUUCUGGAUUAGAAUGAGAUGGGCUUUAUUCAUCAUCUUUUGGCUGAUAUGGGCAGCUAUGUUGGCUGGUGCUAUAGCUAUCAUCGUGAUGGCGCCAAAGUGUUCUGCUCCUGAGCCAAAAAAAUUGUGGGAAGAAAGUGCGAUUGUUGAGCUAGAUGCCUCAGACAUUUUUAACGACGACUUGGCAAGACAGGAACUUACAUUGAGCAGCUUAAAAGACCAACAUAUUAGGGCUAUCUCCCUCUCAUCUCUGGUGAAGGAAGGUUUUUACGGAGGGGCCACAGAUUUUAAAUCCAUGAGAUCGGGAAACAUCAGCGAUUUGCAAAACUUCAUCAAGAUAGCAAAGGAAAAGGAUCAACAGAUCUUUUUGGAGUUGGAUCCCAAUCAUUCCUCUAUGUACCAUCCGUGGUUUAAACGAUCUGUAAUUAGGGAGGAUCCAUUCACAUCCUAUUAUGUCUGGGCUGAUGGAAUAAUCAGCUCCGAUGGAAAAGAAAGACGAAGUCCUCCGAAUAAUUGGUUGAGUGUAUACGGUGAAUCCGCGUGGGAAUGGAACGAAGAAAGGGGUCAAUAUUAUCUUCAUCAAUUUAAUAAGUCACAACCUGAUUUGAACUACAACAACCCAGCAGUGGUGAAAGAGUUUGGAGGUAUCUUGCUGUACUGGCUUCAAUUAGGCAUUAGCGGUUUUCGCUUGGCAAACACUCAAUAUCUAACAGAAGAUCCAGAGCUUCGCGACGAGUCUAGGAGCAUUCUUCCCGUAGAAUGGAAUAAUUAUCAGUCGCUGGUGCACGUUCACACGCGUGAUCGUUCGGAGAACGCUGCGGUGUUGGCAAAAUGGCAAGAGAUAGUUCGCAACGAGACUGCCGGCAAAGGAUUAUUCGCGUUGCAAGAUGAUAUCGGCGCAGAUAUUUUGCAAGUAUAUAAUGAGAAAACAACGAUCGACCUACCGCAGAGUUCGCAUUUCCUCACUACUGCCAAUGCGAGUAUAAACGCGACGGACUUGCGUAAAAGUAUAUCACAAUGGCUUGCGGUCACGCCAUGGCCCGCAUGGAAUGUGAAUGGCAAACAGCUUUCAUUGAGGCAACGCAUGCCUAAAGAAGUCGCCGAUAGUAUUGUAUUAAUGACCAUGUUGUUACCGGGUACGCCAAUUCUUCGAUUCGAAGAUGUCAUGUCCGCGAAGGAUGCAUUUGCGACCUUGUCAAGUGCCCGAAACGGUUUAACAUUCCUUCACGGAAACACAACUCUCAGAAUAAUAAACGGGACAGUCUUCGUAUACGCGAGGAGUUGGCUAAAAAGCGGCAAUCCCGGAUAUCUCGUAGCAUAUCAGACAGGGGACGAACCAGCCACUAUAAAUCUGUCUGGAAUACCGCGGAUAUCGGAAGAAGUCAGUGUAGUGACGCAUAGUCCUAACUACGUUCAAAAUACAGAAAUUAUGAAGACAAAAUUGCCAUCAGACGCUGUGCCUAUAUCACCGAAAAGCACACUGAUUUUAACAUUUGUACCGAAGGAAGAGUCAUAAUCGACCCAAAGAAUGAUUCAAAUGCCAGAGCAAUCGGCUAUAUACGAUUGCGUUUUUUGCUUUAAUAUACGGAACGAUAUAAGAAAAUAAAGAUUCGUAUCAAAAAGAUACUAAAAGAUACUAGAUUAUAAAAUUGAAUUGCAUGUAAAUUUAAAAUAAGUAGAAACUCAAAGUCAGGGUUGCCACAGACCUGAAAAACCGGGAAAAAUCAGGGAAAUUUAAAGUAGUCAGGGAAAACAUGGAAAAAUCAGGAAAAAAUAUAACAGAGCCUGGAAUUUUGAACUUUGCUCCUUAAAAGGGAUCCACCCUGAUUCUGUAACUCUUAACAACAGUUCCGUAUUAUAUUUUUUGUAUGUAUAUUGCUUUUUCUGAUUUGAAAAUUCUUUUCCAUAAUUAAACAAUAGAAAAUAACAGAAUAAAAUGAUUUUGUAUGAAAAUCGAAAAAAAUAUUCGAAAAUUACGAUUUUGUUCGAGACUCCUUUCUGUUAUCGCAAUCGAAAAUACUCUGAAUAUUUAGCGAUAUUAAAGAAAUGUCUACAGGAAUCUUUCUGCUUUUACCAUUAAGUUUUUUUCUGGUUCCCAAGCAACGGAAAAUUCAUUUAUACCAAAGGAAUUUUUUUUGUAAUUUAAUGCAUAACAUCAAAGCAAUAAUGUCAAAGAUGUUAAUAAUUUAUUGGUCUGAAUUUGCAUUUGGGAUUAUAUUAUGUUAUUAAACUUCUAAAUUUAUGUUGCUUCUAAUAAUAUGAGUUACUUUUCUUGUAAUAUGUAUCUUCUAAAUAAGCUAAACAUUACAAUUUAGAAUUAUAUAUUUAAUACUGAUCAUGGAAAACUUUCCACUGUCGUCUGGAAAUCAUGAAAAAAUCAGGGAAUUUCAAAAUUCAUUUUCUGUGGCAACUCUGGAAGUUUUAAAAAUGUGAAAUUUCUUGAAAGAUACGCAAAAACUUGAUUUAUUCGUAUAUUGAAGGUAUAGUGUGAACAAAAUGCUUUAUUUGAAUAUAUAUCUGUGUGCAACUAUUAUAUCUCAAUAUCUGUGUGCAGCAAUGAAAGUGUCAAAUCUCAAUGUCCAUACGUAUAAUAAAAUAUAUGUAGCAAGCAUAAAAAA